AGUUCUCGGUCCGUCGUCCGUCCGUGGUUGAUUAGUUUGGUGGUGGCCUUUUGUUGAUUCGCGCGAGUUGGUGUCCUCUCCGCGUGUUUGUGGUCCGAGAUUUUCCACAUUUUUUUGUCUUAUCAUUGCUUGGUUGGAGAUUUCUAGAACAAACGCCCGAAAAAAUCUCAACUUUGAGUAAAGCUAAAAAGAAAAGAAAAAAUAAAGAAGAAAAAAAGUGACCGUGAGCGCACAGAAUGUGAUCAAAAAGUGGCCAAAACGCGGUGGUUUCGAGCAAAAGAUUUGUCCAAAUGAGAAGAAUUAGGUUAUGUAAUAAUCGGCGCUGAAACACGAAACAAAGUGGGCAAAAAGUGAAACGAAAAGAAAGGUUAGUGCGGCGAAAAUAGCGCGCAAAAGUUGGAAAAGAGAAGAAACCCGCCAAUAAUCGCUGCUGGGUCGGUUGUGGUGAAAAAUUGAGGUGUGAGCUGCGCGCGCGGUGAAAACUGAAAGUUUCCUCCGGUUGUGGUCGAAAGAAAGAAAGUGCGGCCAUGGCAACCUCGGCGAUGCACCGGGGUCGGACCUCGGAGUCGGCGGAAUCGACCAAUCCGCUCGGGACCCGCAAGACGCUGAUCAUCAUGGUGACGGUGGUCGGGUGUAUCGCGAUCCUGUGGCCAAAGGUCUUCUACCCGAUGAUGGUUGGGCCGAACGGGGGAGCUGGAGUGGGGGCAGGAGCAGGGCAGUUUAAGCCGAACAUUAUGAAGGAUCAUCGCGGAUCAGGUUGUUGCGAUGUAGUGUUAGAUCAGGAAAAGUUUGCUAACGCGUCGAUCAACGCGGCCAACCAGCAUGACCUGUUCCGUAAGCGGAACAUCGGACCGGCGGUAGAAGAUGCCAGUAUACGACAGGAGCGACCACCCCACCUCCGACCGGAGACGAUCCACCCGGCGAUGCGAGAACGUGGCCGGGCGAUCCCCCACGUGGGCUCGGUGCAAACCGAACGGCCGCAGUCUGCGCCGAGGAUAGUGGAAGGCAGGCCCGGUCCCAUACCUGGUAUGCGCCCGCCUAUGGGAGCUGGAUCACAUCAGUCAACCAAGUCCGUCAACUCAAUGGGUUUCAUAAUGCCACUCUAUACCAUCGGUAUAGUCUCAUUCUUCAUCUACACGAUACUGAAACUCCUUUUCAAGAAGAAUCCGGCCGCGCCUUAUCCGGAGAUUAAGCCAGAUACGACCUUCCGGGAGGAAGUUUUCACCCAGGACCAAUACAUCAAACGACCGGUGGAAAGUGGAAAGACCAAGCUAGGACAACCGCUCGGCGAGAACGGUUCCGUCCCAGCUUCGGCCGGUCCAGUGUCCAACGGUAACGCUACCAGCCACGGCACCACGGUACAGGCGGAAAUCAGCGUCGAUUACGAGCAGCUGGCCGCCCAGUCGGAACGUCAAACCGCUGCAACGACAGACGUUGCUGUUUCGGCGAAGGAACAAGAGCAAGUGCAAGAGCAGCUCAUCGAAGCGGUUCUUGCGGAGCUCGCCAACGCGUCGGCUGGUAGCGAACAGCCCAAAGAGACCGAAUGCAACGAGCAAACCGUUGCGCAAGAAUACGAGGACAUCGUACAGCCGAGCUACGAUCCCGCUACCGAGAAGGUAGUCGAUGGAAUCGUCGUGAAAAGGGUUGUACGAUUCGACGAGCAUGAAGCAGGAACGAGCAACACGGUAGAGGAGCAAGUAGCUAGUCAGAUUGUGGAGGAAGUCAUCCAGGAGGCGAGCAGCGCCGUCAGCGAGGAAGCCGAAGCAGCGGCGGUGCAGAUGGUGGAGGACGUGGUACAACAAGCGGAAGCCGCCGUCUACGGGCUCGAAGCCGAAGACAAGGGCGUGCAGAGCUACGCCGCGCAAGAGGAGGUCAUCGUGAGCGAUCACGCAACCACCGCUCCUGAUGCUUCGGAAACGUCGGAAGAAGCGAUCGAGUCUGUUGCCGAGCAAAGCUCGGAACAGGUCGAAACGAUUAAAGAAUAUACACUGGAAGAGACUGUAACUGAGAAGGUAGUAGAAGCAACGCAAGCUGAGGAGCCAUCUGUACAGGAAGAAGUUGAGCAAGAGUCCGAAGUGACCUCUGAGGAAAUCGCAAUCAGAACGUUUGUUGAGCAGAGCUCGGAACCAGCUCAAGAGGAACCUGUUGCACCUGAACAAGAAUCCGAGGUGACCACCGAAGAAGUUGCAAUCAAGGAGCCUCCGCAGGAAGUCCAAGCAGUGGAAGAGAUUCCCAAAGCUGAACUCGAAGUGACCUCUGAAGAUGCCGCUAUUGAGGCUAUUGCUGAGCAAAUUCAGGAGGAAACUCCAGAGCAAGCGCAGGUUGAAACUGUCGAACCUGAGCAGGAAGUGAAUACUGAAGAGGUUGCGAUCAAGGUGGAAGCUGAACAAAUUGCGGAACAGGUUGAGGAAGUGCAGGCAGAUCAAACGUCUGUGCAGGAAGAAACUCCCAAAGCAGAGCAAGAGCCCGAAGUGAACGCGGAGGAAGAGGCCACCAAGACGCUUGCUGAACAAAUUGAAGUUCUUCCAGAGGAAGUGCAAGCAGAGGAGCAACCGUCUGAAGUCACAACUGAAGAAGUUGAAAUCAAGACCAUUACUGAACAAGUCUCUGAGCAAGCAGAACCAUCUUCGGUGCCAGAAGAGACUCCUAAAGCUGAGCAAGAACCUGAAGUGACCACUGAAGAAGUUGAAAUCAAGGAAGUCGAGCAAGUUGAAACUCUACAAGAGGAAGUGCAAGCAGAGCUAUCAUCGGUGCCGGAAGAGACUCCCAAAGCGGAAAAAGAGCCAGUGAACGCGGAAGAAGAGGCGAUUAAGGCUCAAGCUGAACAAGUUUCCGAGCAAGUCAAACAAGAGGAAGUGCAAGCAGAGCAAACUCCGGAACCGGAAGUGACCACCGAAGAGAUUGCAGUCAAGGCUAUUGCCGAAGAAGUCGCGGAACAAGUUGAAGUUGUUCAGGAAGAAGUUCAAGCAGAGCAGCCAGCUGUAUCGGAAGAUACUCCUAAAGUCGACCAAGAGUCCGAAGUGACUGCUGAAGAGAUCGCAAUCAGGGCUGAUGUCGAACAAAUCUCGGAGCAAGCUCCACAGGAGGAAGUUCAAGCAGAGGAAACUUCCGUGCCGGAAGAGGCUAACAAAGAGGAACAAGAGUCUGAAGUAAGCACUGAAGAGGUUGCAAUCAAGUCGGAACAAGCUGAACUUCCGCAAGAUGAAACACCCGUGGAAGCUGAGACACCUGUAACGGAAGAAGCUCUCGAGACCGAACAUCCAGCUGUAGUACGCAGCAAGCGAAUGGUUUCUUUCGACGUUCCUGUCGAGGAACCAGCACCGGAAGCCGAAGAAGCCAUGCUUUCGGCACUAGCCGCGAAAAUGGAAGAAGCCGUGGCGCAGCAAGCGGAGGAAGCGGAAAUCCGAGCGAUCGCCGAGGAUCUGGUCAGCGAAGUGCUCGAGCAAGCGGAGGAAAUCGCCAACCAGAGGCUUGAGGAAGCCGACGCGUUUGAACUGCCAAGCUACGAUCCGGCGACGCAGAAGCUGGUCGAUGGACAGGUUAUCAAUCGGUUUGAUGUGCUGGAGUCUGGUGAGGCGUCGACCUCAGCUGAAGUUGUGGAGGAAGUGGUGCAAUCUGUUGAGGUGACGGAAGUCAGCGAGGCGGCGCCAGUUAGCAGCGAGGAACCGGUUGUGGAGGAAAUUCCACAGCCAGUUGAAGUGAAGCCUGUCGCUGCGGAAGUUGUCGAGACUGCGCCAGAAGCUCAGGAUCUGAUCGAAAUCCCAGCAGUUGAGGAACCUGCUGUGGAGGAAGUCAGCGUAGUCAGUGAAGCGGAAGUUGUCGAGACUGCUCCCGAAGCUAAGGAACUGGUCGAAAUCCCAGCAGUUGAGGAACCUGCUGUGGAGGAAGUUUCAGAGCCCGUGCAGGAAGUCGCCGUAGUCAGUGAAGCAGCGGUUGAGGUUCCAUCAGAAGCUCCAGCAACUGAGGUUGCUGCUGAAGAAGCAAUCGUCGAGGAAGCUAAGCCCGUUGAAGUGCAGGAAGUCAGCGCAGUUGGCGAGGAAGCUUCAGUCGUGGAGGCGACCCAAGAGGAAGUCGUAGAGACUGUUGCUGAAUCGAAUGCUGUCCCGGAGCAUGUCGCGGUACAAGAAUCGAGCGAUGCUGUGCUGGAGUCGCCCGUCACGCAAAGCAUUGAGGUCCUCCAGGGAUCAGAUCCAGUUUCAGAACCCGUUGUCGAAGCUGUCAUCGAGCAAGCUGCUGGAAGCUCAACCGAAGUUGAAGCAACGGUUGACGAACCAAGCCUACCAGAAUACGACCCGGAAACUCAAAAGCUGGUUGACGGAAUCGUAAUUGACCGUUUCGAGAAGGUUGAAACUCCCGCUGCUGUGCCAUCGUCUGAAGCUACUGAAACGGUUGUGUCCGAAGCUCAACCAGCCAGAGUCCAGGCUGAAGCUGAGCUUCCUGCUGAAACGGUUAUCACCGAAGAAGUUGUUGUCUCUGAAUCGCAAGAAGUCACUGUGCAGGAGCAAAAGGAAGCGGAACCACUUGAAGACAAGAAGGAAUUUGAGAUUCCCGCUGAAGUUGCGGUACAAGCUAAAACUGCUGAAAAGCAGGAAGAGGUUCAAGAGUCGAAAGAAUCCGUACCAGAAACGGAGACUGAAGUCUCCGUGGAACAAGUCAUCAAGAGUGAGGAGAUCCAGCCGGUUGAAGUUGAAGCAAAGAGCGAGCAGGUCGAGACGUCUCAGGUUGUGGAACAGGAGCUGUCCCUCACGGCGAACCUCGAUGAUGUCUGCAAGAUGGUGGCGGAAGCUCAGGAAUCGAGUGUGACUCGCGCUGAAGAAGUUCCGAAGCAGGUGGAAGUUGUUUCUGAGGACAAACCGAUUGCAGAGGAACCACAAGCCAUUGAUACAGUAAUUGCCCCGGUUGAACAGAAGGUUCAGCCAGAAGAGGUUCAAGAGGUGGUUGUCGAACAGAAGCUUGAAGCGGUUGAAGAGCAGUCGAGCGUGGAGACGACAACGGAAGCAUCGAUUGAAGAUCCGGUGAAGUCAGAGGAACAGAAAGCAGAGGUUACUGAAGCUGCGCAAGUGUCGGAACAGGAACCUGUUAAGGAAGCUGAGCCUGAAACCGUUGAAGCUAAAGCAGUUACAGUAGAAGCAGUACCAGAAGUCGAGGAAGUCACAUCGGUUGAGGAAGUGGUGAAGUCUGACGAAGCGAUAGCUGAGGAAAUUGUAGCUGAAACAGUUCCGGAACCAGAACUUGUUCAGGAAGCAGAAGUAGUCACAGAAACUGAAUCUGCUGAAACUAAAGAGACAAUCGUGGAAGAAGUACCAGCAGUCGAGGAUGUCGCAUCGGUUGAAGAAGCGGUGAAUUCUGAUGAAGCGAAGGCUGAGGAAGCAGAAACAGCACCAGAACCGGAAGUCGUUCAGCAAGCUGCAGUAAUUACCGAAGUCGAAGCCACUGAAACUAAAGAGACAAUCGUGGAAGCAGUUUCAGCAGUCGAGGAAGUCGCAUCGGUUGAGGAAGCGGUGCAGUCUGACGAAGUGAAAGCUGAGGAAGCAGAAGCAGCACCAGAGCAGGAAGUCAUUCAGGAAGCUGAAGUAGUUACCGAAAUAGAAUCCAUUGAAACUAAAGAGAUAUCCGUGGAAGCAGUACCAGUAGUCGAGGAAGUCACAUCAGUUGCUACUGAAGAACCGAUUCAGACUGACGAACAGAAAUUUGAGGAAGUCGUCCAGGAAACUGAAGCAGUGACAGAGUCUGAAAAAGUUGUCGAAACGGAAGAGACUACCGUGGAAGCGGUGCCAGAAGUCGAGGAAGUCGCAUCGGUUGUGGUUGAAGAACAAGUCCAGCAAGCUGAAGCCGUUGAGGAAGUACCAGUCGAGCAACCAGCAACUGAAUCGAGCAACGCUGCACCCUGCGAACCCUCGAAAGAGGAACCUGUGGAAUCUGCUGCAUCUGUACAAGUAGAGCAGCCGGAGCUCGUUUCGGAAACGAUCAUCACCACGGAAGUGGUGAACGACGCCAGAUCUACCGAGCCGGUGAUCUACAGCGGAGACGAAACCGCUGCCGGAGUGGUGGAAAGCAGCGAUGCUAGUGCGGAAAGCAAGGUGGAGGAAACGGUCGGGAAGGAUAAGUGGGAUGUGUUUCCACGUGGUCCGACCAUCGAGGAGGUGACGGACGAUGGAGUUCGGGGAGCUUCCGAAGGUACCGCGAGCGAGGAGCACGUCAUUAAGAUUGAGAUUGAGAAGCGCGAAACGACGGGAAUGAUUUCGGAAGUGGUGGAUGAGCCGGAGGAGGGAAGCGGCAAGCAGGAGGUGCCGGCUUCGCCGGUAACGAUCGAGCCAGCGCUGGACGUCAUUUCCGAACACCAGGAAGAGGUUGAGGCGGCUGAUGUGAACCACGGUGAGCAGGUAGGGAACAAGCAAGACCAUUACACGGCCGAGAAGCUCGAGCACGCACGGCAGGAAGCUUUAGUAGAACGCACACUGACCGAGGCUACCGUCGUGGCGAGUGAAAUUGAAUCGAUUGUUGACCAUAUCAUUACGGAAAAGAUCAUGUACACCACUCUGCCGGUUGAAGUCGAUGGUGGUAGCCAAGCGUCGGAUGUGUCCGCUCAGGAAACCGUAAGUGAACCGCAAAGCUUGGCAACUUCCGCGGCCAAGGUAGUCGAGAGUAUCGCGAUCGAAGAGAAGGUUACGACGAGCAGCGCCGUCACGUCAACGGUCCCUGCCAGUGAAGACGAAGCUAACAGCAGCAUUAACCAAUUCGGCACGAGUUCCGAUACUAACGAACAACCCGAGGCCCUCACAGAACGCUCACAACCUGCACAACCCCUAGAACCAUCGUCAUCUCCAUCCCCCGCCAUUGAACUAAACUCAUCCCAGAGCAGCCAGCAGGAGCAAUUGCUGGACGACACAAAAACCAGUGUAACUUCUAUCCUAGACGCGAAGAUCGCCGAACCCGCGCUUGCACAAACGACAACCCAGCAGUCCGAACCCAGCACUACCUCAUCCAGCGGAAGCAGCAGCUCCAGAAGCAGCACCGCAACGGUCAUCUCAACCCUGGAGCAGUCGUCUUCAACGGAAGGAGCCGUCGCCGCCCAGACCACCAUCCUAGACCAAGUACCGACCAGCGCAAGCAACGUUACUAAUCCUAAAUUUCUUACUCUGAAUCUAGUUAACUAUAGUCUAAGUGAGAGUAGUGGUAACAAUAGCGAUAGCUCAUCAGCCUCCGCAUCCGCUUUCAAGACUCUAGAAGUUGCUGCUGCUGCGGCGCCGGUGGCGGGCACUGCUGACGUUUCGGCCGUCGUCGAAACCGCCGAAACGAGCGGUCAGCUGAUGGAACUCGAUCUGUUGCGUAGAAAGUUGGACGAAACGGAACAGGCCAUGACGAAGAUCAUCGCCAAAAUGGGUUGCAUCCCGAAGGGUCAGGAAACAGAAGAAACCGACAAUACCGAACCGGCUGAGAAGGAAUCCCCGGCGGCUGCGGCUGAUGCCGCCAGCGGACACGUGGUCAAACACGUGGACGACGACAGCAGCCGGUCCAAGCCGGAACCGGAAGUCACCCAAAAAGAAGAAGAAGUGGAACGACAAGAAGUAGCUGUAGAGGAGCCGGAAGUAGCCCCGAAGGUCGUGAAGAAGCGUGAAGCCGGAGCGGUGCCGAAAAAGAAGCGUCAAACGAGCAACGGUGGCACCAGUAGCACAACAACAACAACCGCAACUGCAACAACGACUAGCCAGGAAGAGGAAGGACGUGGCCUGAGCAAGAGCGGAAGCACCGUCAAAGUGAUACCGAUGGAGAAGAAGGUUUCGUACGAGCCGGGACAUCACGCGUCCAUCAGCCGGCCCACGAGCCCGGUGCAGUCGGUCACGCUGGAUUCGUCAAUCGUCGAGUGCGAUGCAGCGGAAUCCAAGUGCGUGCUGCUCGAAACGAAAGUGCCACAAUCGUCCAAGGUUAUGUUGGCCGAUUCGGACCAUUCCGUGGCAAAGCUGGACGCCACCGCCACUGCCACUAGCGCUCGAACCCAGGAGGAUACGCCGUUCGAUUUAAAUCUGAUCGUGGUGUUUGAGUCGGUCUCGAACCUGAACCAGGGCCGAAGCCUGGAGCUCAACGUUUUGCUGGGCUCGGAACCGACCACCACCCAAACCACGGUGGUCAAUUCCUCGGGCUCCGGUGCCUCCUCCACAACGACCCGCAUAGCAUCCCCAACGAGGGAGUUUUUGAACGAUUAUACAUACCGUCCCAAUGGGAAGUAUUGGGCCAGAAAACAGCGUGUUGUACCUAAUCCGGACGUGGUGCUCAGCGGCAAGAUGAAACUUUCAUUAGUCAAGUUGGACGACAUCGAGAAAAAAUCUACGGACGACGUCGUGGUAAGAGCCAAGGAUGGCAGCAGCCAGGACAAGAAACCCUCUCGCUUCGGUCCCAAUGAGGAGUAAGCUGCGCGUGGAAGCAGCCAGCCAGAAGUACAUAUUUUUCAAAGAACUGAACUCAAAUCAACCAGUCAGCUACAGAGCUGGAGAAAAGGGGGGAAGCACUUCCCGUUUCUACGUGACUGAGGCAAGCAAAUGCAGCAAAAACUAAGGACAAGCGCGCGUGGCCAAAUUAGAGCGAAAUUGCUUUCGUGGUUAAUAAGUUACACACACUGCUAUUUUCUAUACACAAAAGUUGAAACUAAAACGGCUCAAUUUUAAGAGGGAUUCACUUCAGUCCAACGAAAAAACCAUGGCUCACAUAUUCGUCAGUAAAUUCUAAAUUCUACUUAAUCGCAAUUACAUUCGAUGUGUAGGAAAACUGCAUGCGCGUUAAUUGUGUCAAAAAGCAACAAAAAAUAGAACAAUUUAUACAAUCAAUUUCUACUGUUUUGUUACUGCUCUAUACGAAGCUUACUUUUUCGGUUUAAUUUACAAUCUAUACACAAACACACACUAUACUUGUCACCACCUUCUUGUCUGUUAUCUUGCUUAAGUUGAUCGGUAUUUCUUAGUUUGAUCCAUUUAUAUUUACUUGUGUAACCACAAAGAAAUAGUAUUUUUAUAUCAGGCAUCAUAGGAAGCAAACGGCAUUGUUUUAGAAUUUGUUUCCGAAACCGUUUAUCUUUUUUUAUUGUUUAGACAAUUUUAUAGCCCCGAGCUUCGCUCAGAUAGUCCCAUUAUACAUUGUUACCACUAUGUGGCAGAUAUUCUGCUCAAAUAAAUAGUAGUUUGUCAAAAAUAAAAAAAUGGAUGAAAUUCUAGAAAAUAAAUAAAAAGCAAAUAAAAAAAAUUAAAAUAGUAAAAUUAUGCAAGCAAACCUAUUGUAACAGCGAAAUCGACGUAAUAAAAUGAACAUGUUAUAA